AUGCUCCUCUCACCUAUAAUAAGCAUCGCUCUCGCCUGCUGUACUCUUGUAUCAGCUAGUGCUUUGAUCCCCCGGGCACUUUCCGUCAACGAAGUCCUCAUCUUCAUCAACGGUGAACCAAAAGUAGUAAACAAAGCGACUUACUUUGCCGAACAAGAUGCCCUUAACCCACCAGAAAACACCACCCUUUCAAUUCGAGAUACCGAAGGCCUUUCCCUCGCCAGAAGAGAAGACUGCCACAAACACGAUCUCGUGUAUAACCAGCCCGUUAAGAAGCUGCUAGACUGGGACGUCCAAAUGUCCUCAGUCAUCAAAGACGGCACCAAAGACGCAACCGUAGCUGUGACUGAAGGCUUCGAGAUCGCCAAUUCCGUCACAUCCUCCGCGUCCCCUCCAGUCAGUUUCUUUGAAGGGAUGCUUAGCACCACGUUUGGGAUCGAGAUUGGGAAGGAUGUGGAAAUUAUCUUUUUCAACUGCGUAUACUUUCAUAGUGCCAGCAGGACAUUAUGGAGUGGUGGUUAGUAAUCCGUGGCUUACGCGUUACGAUGGUUAUAGAUUGA